AUUGUCCUGACUUUCUUCUUAGAUGCGCUGCCCAUUUCUCCGAAACCCAUUAGCGCAUUCGCAAGUCUUUUGUCGUCUUCGUCGUUUCGGUGCAAUCCAAUCGCGCCGGUUGCAUACUGCAAUUACUAGACUGGAUCGAUUUAUUUACUGAUUGGACUGGUUGAUUCCUAUCUUCCUACCUACCACCUACUUUAUACCGGCCUAGUCUAGAUUUGUUCCCCCCUCACCACAAACUUGCCCAACGCGGCUUGGCAUCCACACUGUACAACACCACUGUCCAGUCGGCUGGGCUGGAGCGACGCUCUGGUUUCUACUACAACCUACCUUCCACUCCUCCGAUUCCCGCAAUUCGGGGCUGGACUGUCGCCAUCAAUCGACCAUCGAUCAACGACCCGAAAGAGCGUCGGAAUAGAUAGUAGUAUUUGGAAGGGCUCUUGACAGAACUCUCUCGGGGCUCCGCCUCUUCCUGGCUGUUCCGUCGUUUUGACGCGACAUUCGGACCCCAUAUCUUCACUCAACGACUACGUCUGGAUGGACAUUGCUGCCAUCAAAUGAGCCAGUCACCUUCCAACAUGACGAAUUCGGUUGCGAACAGGGACGAUCCCAAACCCACACCCGACACCUCAGCCCUCGGACAACCCAAGGGGGCCGUGGAGAUGACCAACAUCCAACAGUCCGACGACGGAUUAGACGCGCAAAAACCAACCGGGGCCACAGCGACGACGUCACAACCAUUGAACUCCACCGAUAGCAGUAUUGCCAGUGCUGCCAUCGCUACAAGUUAUGAUGGCGAGCAAACCCCGUCGGCAGCCGCCAAGGGGAAAGAAAAGGAGACAGACGAUCCAUCAAAGCGCGAGGACUCACUUUCGAUAGAUCCGGCCGGCGACAACGCCAGCUUGACCUCUCCAGGCGGCGCCGACCCAGCAAACCCAGCAUGCAACAUUACGCUCCUACUGCCGACUGGUGCUCGGCAUCCUUACCGAAUCGACGAGAGGUACUUGUCGAAACGCAACGUUGAGAUUCCCGACCUGACUGAGGACGGCAAGCGAGACCCUUUCAGCAUCAGCAUCUAUAAACUCAAGGAGUUGAUCCUCCGGGAGUGGCGUGAUGAGUGGGAAUCGCGGCCGGCCAGUCCGAGCAGUAUACGGCUGAUUCAUUUUGGGAAACUUCUCGAUGAUAAGGAACAGUUGAAGAAAUAUCAAUUCAGUGCUGAGGCGCCCAACGUCAUCCACAUGUCUGUCAAACCGGCAGAGAUGAUGGAGGAGGAAGAGGGCGCCAAAACGAAAGGCUCUGGCGCGGGCGGGAGGACACGCGAGGGCGGUGGCUGCUGUGUCAUUCUAUAAAGCAGUUUCGAAUGUGCUCCGGGAAACCUUGGGAUGAAUACCAAAAUCCAGUUUCACUGAUCAGUCGCCGAACACAUCUCCGGCGAGACCACCAAGUUGGUCUGUAUGCACCAUGACUAAAUGCACCCGCAUUAGACCGACAAGUCUAUGUAGGCUUGUGCAAAGCAACAGCAUAACCGGGCUGGGGGGCGGCCCGUCCACACCUGCUCUACCCCAUCUGAAGAACACACAUGAUGGGCGCCAGUGUCACUUGCAACAUAGUAAGCAAGGGAUUGAUCACCACAGCGAGGGAGGAUAUGAGGGAAUGGAGUUUUUUUUUCAGUCGUCUUCUGCUUAUUAUCUGUUUCCUCAAUCUUCAUCUGCUGGGUAUUUGUCGUCUUUUUAAAUUAAGGGCUAGGGUGUUUAGGCGCAAGAGGUUGCUUUGCACGUAUCAUUGAUUCCUCCUACCUAACUUAUAUACGCAUAUAUAUAUAUAUAUAUAUAUAUAUAUAUAUACA